AAGUGAGUGGAGCCGCUCACAGCCAAUCAGAUUCGCAGCUAUCGCUCCGACAACAAACAAAAGAUCGAGGCUAGCCGAGAUUCUCGGACUUAGUCGAUCCGUCUAGCCUAACGUUAGUUCUUACUUUGCCUCCAACAAGGACCCGCUCGUCUGUCUUUUAACCACUUUCUUCGGAUCCUGUGCGGCACACAGACUUCUUCUAGUGGCUUUGCGUCAGCUAAUGUCAGCCUGAGCCAUUUCAGCGAACGCUUCGCCUGUGCUGGCCAAGCUAAACGCGUUAGCACGGUUAGCUACUCGGCUAACCAGCUCUAGCUGCCUCUCCGCUACCAACGAAGACAGUUAGCUUAGCCUGCUAGCUAGCUAGCUAGCUAGCUAGCUUUGCUAGCUAGCCCCCCUCCCCCCUCACCACCUCCUCCUCCUCCUCCUCCACCUUAACAAACUCGAUACUGACUGAGACAAGUGGCUCUGGCUUGUUGCUGACAAGCCAUUUCACUACUACUUGUGUCGUAGCCAUGUCUGGGCAGUCGUCCGGCUGUGGGCUUCUCAUGUCGGUUGUUGUCCACGGAGACGCGGCUCUGAACGAGCAGGAAAAGGAGCUCAACCAGCGACUCCGACGGCUCUAUCCAGCCGUUAAUGAAAACGAGACUCCGCUUCCUCGGUCCUGGAGCCCGAAGGACAAGUUUAGCUACAUCGGGCUCUCUCAGAACAAUCUCCGCGUACACUAUAAAGGUCAUGGCAAAACCCCUAAAGAUGCAGCGUCUGUACGGGCCACCCACCCCAUCCCAGCCGCCUGCGGGGUCUACUACUUUGAGGUGAAGAUCAUCAGUAAAGGCCGUGAUGGGUACAUGGGCAUCGGCCUCUCGGCUCAGGGUGUAAACAUGAACAGACUCCCUGGUUGGGACAAGCACUCAUAUGGUUACCACGGAGAUGACGGCCACUCCUUUUGCUCGUCCGGCACCGGGCAACCCUACGGACCCACGUUUACAACAGGCGACGUGAUCGGCUGCUGCGUUAACCUCAUCAACAACACCUGCUUCUACACAAAGAAUGGCCACAGCCUAGGUAUUGCCUUCACAGAUCUACCACCCAACUUAUACCCGACCGUGGGCCUUCAGACUCCAGGGGAGGUGGUGGAUGCAAACCCACCCACCCCUGUGUGUGUGUUGGACUACAUGCUAGAGGAGUGGAGGACAAAGAUCCAGGCCCAGAUCGACCGCUUCCCCAUCGGAGAGCGCGAGGGCGAGUGGCAGUCCAUGAUCCAGAAAAUGGUGGCUUCCUACCUGGUGCACCACAGCUAUUGUGCCACAGCUGAAGCCUUUGCCAAAUCCACCGACCAGGCCGUGCAUGAGGAGCUGGCCUCCAUCAAAAACCGACAGAAGAUCCAGAAGCUGGUGCUGUCAGGUAGAAUGGGCGAGGCCAUCGAGACCACCCAGCAGCUCUAUCCCAACCUCCUGGAGAGGAACCCAGACCUUCUCUUCAUGCUCAAGGUGAGACAGUUCAUAGAGAUGGUGAAUGGGACAGACAGUGAGGUGAGGUGUCUGGGAGGUCGCAGCCCAAAGUCUCAGGACAGUUACCCCGGCUCCCCCCGGCCCUUCAGCAGCCCCAGCCACAAAGCCAGCAGCUCCCAGCCCUACCUCACAGGGUUUGACAGCAACUGCUGUAAUGGUGUGACAUCUAAUAAGAGCCACAGCACUUCUCCUCACAGUCACAAGCCCUGCCCCCCAGGCUCUGCUUCCACCCUCCCAGCGUCCGACAUUAGCAUCAACGGGAGCCGUAGUCAGCAGCCCAUAACCAGUAACGACGUGGACAUGGAGGUUGACCACUUCACCAACGGCGUGACAGAAUCGUCCUCAAAUGGUUUCCUCAACGGCAGCUCUAAACACACCACCGAGCCCGACGACUGUGACGCAGACAUGGAAGUGGAGUCUGCUCAGGCCAAGAGGCAGCUGUGCGGCGGGAGCCAGGCAGCCAUCGAAAGAAUGAUCCAUUUCGGCAGGGAGCUCCAGAGCAUGAGCGAACACCUCCGCCGCGAGUGUGGCAAGAACUCAGCUAACAAGAAGAUGCUCAAGGAUGCGUUCAGCCUGCUGGCCUACUCAGACCCUUGGAACAGCCCAGUUGGCUACCAGCUGGACGCCAUUCAAAGAGAGCCAGUCUGCUCUACUCUCAACAGUGCAAUAUUAGAGACUCACAACCUGCCCAAGCAGCCCCCCCUGGCCCAGGCUGUGGGUCAGGCCGCCCAGUGCCUUGCCAUCAUGGCACGGACUGGCAGUGGCUCCUGCGCCUUUGCCUCUGUGGACGAUUACUUGCACUAACCCCGCGUACACACGCACAUACAUGCAUACACACACACACACACACACACAUACUCUGAAGACCUGUCCAGAAGUGUCUCCCUCAACCUCCUCCAACAUUGGCGUCAUAUUAGCUGAGGAGACGCUCCUCUGCACGAUAACAAGCAGUAGAAAGUUUAGCCAUCUCACUCGCUUCUUGUUCUGCUUUGACUGAUCGACAGAAACACCGUCAAGGGCCGGGAGACAUUUCUGAGCAGGUCUUUCGGGCGCCAACAGACACCGCUUACAUUUAAAACACAGACGGACACACACACAAACCCACCACCUCCCUUUCCAUCGUAAAUAUGAAAUUACGCCUCUUAGUUGGUUGGCCUCGCUAACCCCCUCCUCCGGCCCUCCGAGGCCGCGGCGACGACAUUCUGACCGACAGCGGGGACGCCAGCCAAGAGUAGCCAACUUGAAAAUACUCCCGGUGAGCCAACCUCGUGGACUCGGUGCAGAUACUCGGUGCCCCCUAUACCUGGCGGCAUUAAACCGGGGCAGAGAGAGUGGCGAAGACCCCUGGUCAAACAUACGUGGCAAAAUAAGGAAAAAACAACGAAAAAAAGGAAAACGGACAAGCGACCACCAUGGCCGACCACCCUUUAACGUGGUCCCCGUAAACCUGGCUUACCAGGUAAAUGCGCACACACACACAACACGGAGCGAACACAGAGGCAGGCUGAUGCUGAAAACGGGAUGGAAAAGUCCAUCUCCACAAUGGCUCGCUAAGUGCUCGAUCUCCAGCCCAUGUGAGGCUCUGUUGCCGACAGCCAACCCCCACCCCACCCCACCCCACCCCACCACACCACACCCCCAGCUCCCCUCCACUGCCUUCGGGACAUUGCCGGACGUUCAUAUGUGACGCAAGUGGACUUAGGACUUCGAAGAAGCCAGAGAGAAUCUACAGUCUCAACUCAAUGUUCCCUGUUUUUAAUCUUUUGUUUUUGUUUUUCAUGGGUGAAGUGUGUGUGUGUGUGUGUGCGUGUGUGUGUUUGGGGGGGGUGGGGGUGGGUUGAGGAGGCGUGGUUACCUGGCUCUUGUUUUGUUUUUAGUUUUUCCAGGUUUACAAGGCAUGGUGCAGACGACGGCGAUGAUGAUUAUUAUUAUUAUUACUAUCAUUAUUAUUAUUAUUCUAAUUAUCAUUAUAUUAAUUAUUGUUACUUGCAUUCACAGUAUAUUUGUUGAGCGCCAGCAAGAGCAAGUUCCACCAACUUAUUAUAAUAAAGGUCCCGAUUCCACCGAUUACCAGUGACGAGCGUGUGUACAUGUUAACGUUUAUAUAUGAGUUCAACAGAAUUGAAUUAUAUACGUAGAGCGGGAUAUUUAGUUAUGAAAUGAAAGGAAAUUUUUGAAACAAAAAAAACAAUCCUGCAAUGCUUUGUACUGACAAAAGUGACCCCUCAAGCGUACUGGUUGUUCCUAGUCUGCAGAUUUUGUGUUUCUCGUUCAGUUGAUUCCAGGGUUCCUACGCAGGUGGAAAUCUGAUGUAUUUGACCACUUCCAGGUCUGUAAAAGUUUGGAAAACCGACUUACUCUUAAGUUUUAUAACUUUUAUUUCACACAUUGUGGAAUUUGCUGUGAGGUAAUCUCUCUUCACUAGAGCCUUUGCUACAUCCUCAAACACUUCUCGACAAAGUCUGAAAUCUGUGAAAUGGAAAACCUGCGUAGGAACCCUGGAAUGAUUUCUGACACCCCCUAACCCCUCCUCAAAAGCCCCAGCUGCACAGCAGGUUUGAUGCAAACAUUGUUAAUCGUUAUAUUCUUAUCAAUGUCUAUGCUAAUCCUUCACCCAAAAAGAACUCAGGAGCCGAUAUGUCCCUUUGUUCCUCUUCCUCGGUUUAGCAUAGUAAGGUCCAAUCAAGCAGCUGACAGACCC